CACUGAUCUAACAAUUGAUGCCUCCGCAGUGGCACCUCGCACUCUUCCACCAGAAGUAGACGCAGAAGGAAACAGUAAUCUUUUAGAAGAAGCUGAAGUUGAUGACAUGGAAAGAUGUGGUGAUGGAUCUGUGAACUCUUUGGGACAGGACAGGGAGGGUGUGCAAUGUCAAAGAAAUUCAAUCGAGAACGAUUCAGUUGACACAGAACGAGUCGUCUUAGAUCCCUUUGACGUGUCUGAUAUUGUAACUGCUGCAACAGAAAUAAGUAGAACAGAAGAGAGUCGCAAGUCAACAUUCUGGUUUGAAGUUAUUGACUUCCUGCAACGUAUGAUGCUCUUUAAGGAUUUUAUAAUGUUCGCUAGGAGACUUGCACAUAAUACAAAUGAAGAGUUCUCUAAGACAAUUGACGUGGUGAUAGAAAACUCUGGAGAAGGCAACGAAGGAAAAUAUCAAAUAUUGAAAAGAUGGCGAGAGGCCACCCCAAACGCUCAGUUGAAAGAUGUGAUAGGCGCAAUGAAACAUUACAAUCUGAAUGCUUUAUGUGCUGACAUUAUAGAUAAGUUAAACGAUAAAAAUCUGUUGGACACUGAUGGUGAUUUGCUUGAUACAGAGAUUUCACAAAAUAGAAAUGACCAUUCCCUUUAUCCACGAAAUGAUCUGUCUGUUCAAGAUGCAGACACUGGCAUAGAAGAAAAUGAUCUAGCUCAAGGUGGACAUCUCAAAAUGGAAGAUCUUAAAUCUUUCAAGUGUGAAGAUGAUGAUGCUUGGUGUAUAAGUUAACGAAUGUCAUAUAAAUAUUUUUCAUUGUAAAUUAAGAAGUGUCACUUUCCUUUAUUUACAUAACUUCUUUAUAGUUAUAUAUAUAAUUAUAUAUAUAUCAAAUUAGUUAUAUAUAUCAAAUCAUUGCUGCGUUUAUUAUGAACUUUUGAUAUUAUAUAAAUAACAAAUGGCUGUCGGGAUGAUAGAGGAUAUUGUCAAGCCGAGAACUGGUAUAAUACCCAGAUGCGCCAAUAUGGUGGCAAAUUGUCUUUUGCGACGACUUUGUAACAAUCUGUUUUUAUUUGUUUGGGUCGUUAGACCAAACAAAUAAUUGUAGCGAAAUUUCAGACUCUAAUGCUGUUAAUUGCAAAUGCCGAAAGUAGUCCGCUUCUGAAGUGGUUACUUCCCUUUAUAUGUAACACUGAGGCCAAAAAAAAAAUUCAGGGGAGAUCACUGCUCAAAUAUGGUCACAUGACAGGCGCAUUAAUUUUCAAGCAGAAUAAUUCCCGAAUGGUCGAAGAUUUCUAAUAUUGUUUUAUUCUUUAUAGAUAUACAUGCUUAUAGUAAGCGCCGUGAUUAUUUACACAAGUGUUAAACAACAGUUAGCGUCGUUACAAACCCUAAUUUAGAAUAAUAUGGUUUUCUUCAGGCCGUUAACAUAACAAUUCACCAUGGCCGAGGGGUUUGCACGCUCGCUUAGGAAGCGAGAGGUCUGGAGUUCAAAUCCCAGUUAAGGCAAUUCAUUUUUUUUUUCAAAUUGCUUAAGUCAAAUAAACAUUGGAUUGAAUACCAGUGUUGUAAUUAGUCUUAUAGUCAAUCUACUACAAUUAAAACGCUGGAAAGCGUUGGUGGCACUAUACAAAAACAAAUUGUUUUAUAAUCUCACAACCUUCACCGUAUUAUUAUUAUUAUAUUAAUUUCAUAUUCCUAUUAUUGUUUUAAGAGAUGUGAACAUGUAGAUAAUCAAUAUAUUAAUUUCAUAUUCCUAUUAUUGUUUUAAGAGAUGUGAACAUGUAGAUAAUCAAUAUAUUAAU